GAGAGGGGCCGUUUCAGGGGGUUUCUUCGAGAACAAGACAAGACUGAAUGGACCAACGAGCAGAAAGCCGAGUAACUUAAAUAUAUGAGGUACGAUGUAAAUAAACUACCUGCUGCAGUGGUUGCUUGCAGUUUCUUUGAUCUUGGCCUGAUCUAUCUCGGCCUAAAUACAUAAAUAAAGACCACCCCUUCUUUGUCCGAAAGCUGUAGAAGCGGGUUUCCCUGGUCUGGAUGAAGACUGGCUUGAUUUGUUGGUGGUUAGCAGCGUACUCCGUAGUUUAAGGAGAUAUUUCUUUCUUGCUUCUUCUGUUCCAACAGGGAUCGUCAUCUUUGGCUCGUCGUCGUCGACUUUCCCCCCUCUUGAGUCUUCCAUCCUUCCCAUCCUCCUCCUAUUUGUCCUUUGCGACCAGCCCUCAUCACACUGCUGGAAACCCUUUUCCAACCACCCUUAAAAAAAAGUGUUUGUGACCAUAUUUUUCACUUGGGUAGAAUUUUAAUUAUUUAGCGCCUGUUCCAGACUCCAUUUUAAGCACAAACUGUCCAAGUCGUGGCCCGGAUUGAAUAUUGGCCUCCCGGUGUUUGUUAUUUACCUCCCAUUCGCUGUAUCGUAUCGCAAUCAAACUAUCAUCAACCCAUCAUCCACAGCGGAUAGAGAGAAUUUCUCUGCAAAGCCCUGUCUGUCUGUUCCUGACAUUCUUCGCACCGAGGCUUAGCUCGCCACCCAGCAGAUUAUAGACACAGAGGUUGGCUCCGUUCCAUCGAUCGAUUGUUUUCCAAUAAUCCAGUGCGACAGCGGACAGCGCCUAUAUAUCGCACCUCACUUCCCGCCACGAUCAGCGAACCAGCUUUGUGGGAAAUAAUUCGGUCUGGGCUUGUGUCAGCGCUGGAAAAAGUAUCUGGACUCCUUCUCCGUUAUGCGGCCGCUACCUUGGAUAACGUGAGAAACCCAUGGGCAUCGAGUGCUAUGGAUGAGUUUUCCCCCAGGAAUAAGGAGGUUUCAAAAGUUAUGCAAAACAAAUUUCCUUAACCGGGGACCGUUAUCAUUAUUUUAUAAGACUAGUCAGUCCCUUAGCACGAACCCACCCAGACCAACUCGACCUCUGGCAAUAUGCCGUCAGUGAAUAUUCUGGAGACAAGCCCGACAACGCCGCCGGCAAGUCAUCCGGGUCUGAAAGCCCAUAAAGCCCUACCACGAAAACGCGAUGUAUUGCCUACACAGGGUUUGGCAUUUACGUCGUCGAGUCCGAGACCUUAUGAUGCCACGCCUCCUUCAAACGGGUACACCCAUCCUACCGCGCCAGCUCUUCCCUUGACACCCCCUGGCCUGGUAUUAGAGCCAUGUAGGAAAUCAAGCAAUGGUAUCUCGCGCGAGGUAUCUCACGAGCUUAUCCCAGCCACGACAGGAACUGAUACGCCAACUCACCAGUUAAGCCCCCCGACACCCGAUAUUACACCUCCACGAACAGUUUCGCAAUUCAAAAAGAGAGAAGGUCUUACUCCAAUACAACCGUCCAUGUCCUCAAGGGCUGAGUCGUUCACUACUGCCCGAGAAACUUUGUCAUCGGAGGAAGAAUUGGAAAAGAGAAAUGCUGCAUCGGUCCAGCCCGCCCCAUCGUUGCGUCCAGCCAAACACAAGCUGCCUCAUCCGCUGCGAACAAAUACGACAUCGGCGGAGCGAGGGCUUUUGAGAAAUGCAGGGCCACCAAGGGGUGGUGGACCUGUUGCAGAUGGAAUGACAGUUAGCCAGACAGAUGCGGCCACGUUUGAUUCUUUUGAUGGCCAGUGGACUAAGCUAGAUGAAAACGUUAUUGCCGGCUUCCAAAAAAAGAAACACAGGCGUCGACCGAUCCUCUCUGAUCACGACCCAUUUUCCCAAGUCAACGCCGGCCCUUCUGAUUCGCAACCUAUAUCUAAAUCAUCGUCUAGCCGGGAAAAGAGUUUGGAGAAGCGGGUAAAAGACACACAAAAUAUUCCCGUGACAUCUUCCGUUGAGAAGUUUGCGGAGAGUAUAGCAUGGGUUACGGGAGAGGAGCAGCUUGAUAUGAGCGAACGCAUCCAUGCUUGGCGUUUGUCUGGGAUAUCGACUACAUCAACCGUGGAAGCUAUGGUAAUAGAUCCUCCGCAACGAAAGCUACCGACAUUACGGCAUACAGAAAAGAAUUCCUCCCUUCGUUCCGUUAGUUCGCCUCUGCCUAAGUCAUAUUAUGAAGAUUCAACGUCGUCUUUGACGGACUCUCAUCCUCGUCUACUCAGAAAGUCGGCCCGCAUUACCAAUGAAAAUCGAUGGAGUGUGUCAUCGGAUAUGUCUUUUGCUGCAAGCGUAACCUCGACGAGACCAAAGCCGAAGCCUGAUGUUGUACCCGUUGUGGUAAUUCCCCAACGACAAUCCUCGUUGAAAUCUACGCACUCUAGUAGCAGGGACCAUUCACGAACGCAUUCUCUUGGCUCUAGUCGUCGACCUACCACUGCUCCAGACAGCGGCAUCGGGUCGUUUGACGUAUCUCGACGGACAAGACGCACAUUAUCCGCAUCUUUACCAUCAACGACCUCAAAAGAUGUGGGCCGUAGGAGCUCUUUGUCUGGGCUAACCGUUCCUCAAAGAAAGUCUUCGUUAUCCGCACCCACAAGCCGAAAUAACUCUAGGGCGCCUUCACUUACCUCGGAGAGUUUGCAAUAUCAUGCACCACCUCCCACCGUCCAGCCCGCUCUCCCUCAGCGCCGCAAUCAAGCGCCCGUGCAACCGAUAUCUACCAAAACCCCUGUCCCCGAACCUGUCAAACAGUUUACAACUUUAACCCCACGUACGAAUGGACAGCCAGGCGAUGAAAACGGACCAAUGAUAUCUCCAUCUCUGCCUCUCACACCGUUUCAAGCAUCUAUUCAGUCCUUAUCUCCUGGCCCAGUGGAAAUUCACGAAGCUAGAGCUGUCCCGUUUUUCUUCCACAAUAAUACGUCACUUUUGCUUGUAGACCAACAGCCGGCCACCGAAUCACGAGCCGUUCAGGAACUGCGAACUUCGCCAGGUGUUAUGGAAAUGAAAGUUGCCCGACUCACGACACCAGACAUGUCUACGCAAGCUGCGGCAGCUGAUGUUGAUUCUCCACUUCGAAACCCGCGCGCUCCGCCAAAACCCCCAGCAGUCAAGGUUAUUCCGCCAACUCCUAUGGAUGAAAUUGACCAGCCUGCUCUUAUAGAUGAGCACAAUCCGGACAAGAACAAUGGCGCAAUACGUCGGUUCGGCUCUGUUCGCCGUGCCUUGAGUUCCCGGAGACGAACAGAGGCACAUACAACCCCGGUCUUGUCUCAAAAUGUACGAAACCCUAAAACCAGCAAAAAUAUAGACAGCAAAUUACAUUCAUUUUGGCUACCUCGACCGUUUUGGGAAGGGCUUGCGGACUCUGAUGAUGUGGAAGGGGAGGGUAUCCUGAGGUCCGAUUCCCCCACUUCCAGGGACAUCGAUGAUCUGUACGUUAGCAACUCGUUAGGCAUACCGCAAAAGCGUGUCAUAUUCGCUGGCCCACUAUCAGUUAUUCGAAGGAUGUCCAACCGUACUCGAUAUCGGACUACCCGUCGUAAGAACGGCAACCAUGAACUUCCAUCGCACUACAAAUCAGGUUUCCCAUCACAUCGUGUACGCCCUGCUCGCCGCAACCGCAAUUUUGCGCUACCAAGAAUGGUAUUACAAGGACCCAUACAAUCAUUGCGCGAGUUGCAACAGUGGAUCACCCAUAUCCGGCGCCAGAGGGAACAAGAUAAGCUUGAGGAGCGGAGAGAUAAAUUGAGAAAGAGCAUCGGGGGGCGCGUUCUCACUAAUAACACUACUACAAUCGUUCCGGAUGGUCGUUAAAUCCGAUGUGAUGAGGAUUACUACUAUUAACUGCCUUUUUUCCCUUGGGGCUGGCCUCGUGUAUACUCGAUGUGUAACGCAACAGGAAAUUUUCCAUUUUUGAAGGGUUUGAUAUCGAUUUUCUAUAUUUCAUCUGUUUUCAUAAUUUCCCUUAUUUUAACAUCUCAUCAACUUCUUUUCUUCUUCAUCCCAUUGUCAUUUUGUACUGCUCCUUUAGCGGGUGAUGCUGAACAUGAAAGUUUUACAUGAGAGACAUGUAUCAUCACGAUGUGUUGAUAUGAUAUAAUGAUUUAUGAAUACUUCUCUUGCUCCUCCCUUGUCCUAAGCUUGAGAAUGGAUGAUAUUCGAUUUAGCGCAGUUUUUCACCUUCCCGUUGAAUGAUUUUGAUAUCUUUUACUAUUUACUUUAUAUUUAUUUCCCAUGAUCUCCUUUCCCUUUCUGCAGACUUUUUCCUUUUCCCUUUUUUGUACUGUGGGCCCUUCAGUUCGGCCCUCUUUUUACCCCCCCCUGGAGCUUUAACGAUUUAUAAGUGAUCUUGCCCUCCGAUUAUUAUUGACGACAUAUUUAACUGCAACAAAAGAUACAUACGAUAACGAACUUACGUGGAUAUGAGACGAGAUAUCCCGAAAGGAGGAGAAUAAAAGACCAAAAAAAUAUUAAUAUUCCGCUUGGACGGACAAGCCUGUGUUGCCAUUUCCACCUUGUUUCUCUCGCCUGGUAUUCUGCAAUGCCUCCCUUAUCUGCGUAUGCUGCUGUUCCGCUGAUUUUGUUCCUCCUUUGGCCAUCCUAUAUACCAAUCUUCUUUGGCGGUUCAUACAUUACUCUUUGCUGGUUUUUGAGCGUGAGAAUGUUGUCCCCACGUAUCCUUUUUUUGCGAAGAAUGUAUAUUAAGCACUUUACCCUCCUGAAUAGGAUGUCUUUUGCAAUACAACGGACGUUUGUUGAUUAUUAAUUCAUCAUAUAUGUGGAAGCUGCCGCGAUGCUGCUUUGAUAAAUAGGAACCAAAAC